GUAAUUAAUUCAUGCGAAUACAUAGGCAAAGGAGAAGCAUAAGUACGUCAUGUUACAAUGUAUAGCUAGCUAGCUAACUUUUAUAUGUUUAUAUGUUGACAUUACGCUUGUCACACAGAAAUAACAUAUUUGCUUGUCAGAUAGCGGCUAGCCUAACGUUAGCUAGCCAAAUAUGUUUUUGUGUUAACUAGCAUGCUAUCUGCACUGUUUACAACUAGCUAAUCGUUUUCCUAGCAUUUCAACACAUAGAAAGUUAGUUUGUUCACAUUGCUCAAGUUAAGUUAAGUGCAAUGACCGGUGCCUCCACUUUCAAGUAAUUGCUGGUCUAAGUGAUGUUCAGAUUGACUGGUCUGUAUAGUAUAGUACGCAGGGCAGUCUGCAAUGGCACAGAGGACAUCGUGAAAGGCACAUUCUUCUACGCUGUGAGGAAAGGAUUCAAACCUGGCGUUUACAAAACCUGGGAUGAAUGUAAGAGCCAAGUCGACAAGUUCCCAUAUGCCAGCUACAAGAGGUUUGCAGCAGAAAAGGAUGCAUGGGCAUUUGUCAGAAGCCUAGCAACCUCGAUAACGCCAGACCUGUCAGAGGGAGCCAGCUAUGAGGCAACACUCCCUAGAAGAGCACCGGAGGCCCUUGAGUACAUACCCAUUGGUCAGAAGAGGCACUAUGAUCACAUAGACGAGGAGGAGGUGUCCCCUGCCAAACAGAGUCAAUACAGCAGCCCAUCUUCAAAAAGCUCUGAUGGAUUCACCUACAUUGGUACAGACAUUCUCAUUGUGUUGUUAAUGUUGCAGAUUGAAAUGGUCACUGUCAAUGUUAUUGGGGUGAAUAAAGGGGGGGGAAACAAAGUGUUGUCUUUUCCUCCAGGUGAUGCAGUGGUGGUGUACACAGAUGGUUGCUGUUCAGGCAAUGGGAAGGCCGGGGCCCGAGCUGGCAUCGGAGUGUACUGGGGACGUGACCAUCCUCUGAAUGUAGCUGAACCACUGGAUGGAAGACAGACCAACCAGAGAGCCGAAUUACAGGCAGCAUGUAAAGCCUUGGAGCAGGCCAAAGAGAUGAACAUCAAGAAGUUGGUGCUUUAUACAGACAGCAAGUUCACCAUAAACGGUGUCACCAGCUGGGUGAAGAACUGGAAGCUGAACAACUGGAGGCUCAACUCUGGUGGCCCCGUCAUCAACAAAGAGCACUUUGAAAAACUUGACAAGCUGAAUGAAGAGCUGGAGGUUGUAUGGUUGCACAUCCCGGGCCACGCUGGGUACCCAGGGAACGAGGAGGCCGACAGGCUGUCCAGAGCGGGAGCAGCGAAACACUUAGAUUAGCCAAAGGAAGAUUAUCUCAUUUACUGCUCCUGGGCAGUUCAUUCAACAUUUGGAUUAUGGUUUUGAAUGGAAUAUGGGAAUUAUAUAUUGUCUGUUCUGUUGGGCUGCCAUGUUCUAAAUGUUAUGAAAUAACAUCUACUUCCAUCCUGUUUGACAUCUUUAUGAUUCUUUCUAAGUUAAGGAAUGAAUUCAGCUUGUGCUUGUAUCGUAUGAACAUUUCUCAAUAUUCCAAAAUCAUUCCAUUCUGAUUGAUGAAACGGUUCUGUAACCACUGUGUAAUGUACACUUCAGACGGUAGAUGGCGCUCUAGCUCAUCAAAACAAAUCCAAUACCUCGGAAUAGGACUGGCUCUCUGAAUUGCAUUCCGUACUAGGCUCCUCUGUGGAAAGAGGAUUCCUCACAUAGAAGAUGGAUUUCUCUGGUUUCUAUGUGAGACAUGCUGCAUGUUGUAAGAUAACGGCCACUUAUGACAUUUGUGUGUGUGUGAUCUAAGGAUUAUUUUUCUUGCUCAAAAGCCCGUCUGUUACUAGGGCUAGUGGUCACAUGAACGUUUCCCUCUUCUAAAGAAAAACAACACACGCUUCAAAGAUCAUCUAUUCAUGUAUACUCUGACAUGAAAUGAUCUUGGUGAUAUUCUCUUUGACUAGUUGGUGCACAAUUCCAUCUUCUCCACUUUACUCAGUCAGCUCUUGGCAGAUACUACUUAGUCUUUCAGUACGUGUCUCAUCCAUUCAGUAAGCUGGUGUCUAGACAGUGGGCCUAUACGUGUGCGAGGGAAAAUAAUGACAGCUCUAGCUGAGAGAAAUCUCCAUAUAGCCUUUCCCCUCUGUGAGGUUGGUGAUUGUAGAAAACCAGAGCACCAGGAAUGACUGUGCCUGUCUCUGACCUUAGCUGGCUGGCUUCUCCACGGCACGCUCCCGGCUUGUCUGGAGAUGUGAAGUCCUGCCUGGGGCUGGGUGUUGGGAGAUGCUGCAGUCGGAGGUCGAUGCGAGACGGGGUGGAGAGGGGGUCACGGCGCUUCACCACAUCAGACUGAAGCUCGUUAGGGCUUCGUCUCAACACAUUUGCUCCAUCAGCAAAUAUGCUGCUCAGGUAUUCAUCUGUUUGACACCGCCUCUUCUAUUUGGCUCUUGUGGCUAACUAGCUCUUGUCGCCUAGUUGUUUCGUUUCGCUUGCCAAGCUCAGGGCAGGUCAGUCACGGCGGUUGACCGAAGAGACUUCUGCGUUGGUUACUGUUAAGAGCGCUGGGUGUUGUCUGCAUGAGUAACUCACAGUAAAAUCUAGAUUUCAAGAUGGUGUUCUAUCAGGGUGUUGACUGCCACAGUGAAAGAUAUUGCAAAGCCCUGUGGUUAUACAGAUCAUCCAUUUGAAUCUGUUCUUGUUUUUGGUAUAAUAUUGAGUUCUCUGUGUGUGGCUUGAGGAUAAGUAUCUAACGCUAUUCAUCCAUGUGAGAUGCAGGGGAGGAGUAGUAGACUUGAGUCCUGAGCCCUAGUCGUUACCGCACAUCUGGUGCCGACGCAGUUCAGAGACUGCUGGCAGCUGACUCUUGUCAUGUGCAUUAGAAGAUGUAUGGAGAAUGAUUCUCUCCUAACGAAUCCAGCAAUUGUGUGUGUGUGACGGUGGGAAACAUCAAGGGAAGCCACUCUUUGUGGAAGGCAGAGGGAGUCACAAUCAAACAUCGUGGCAGCCGCCUCUGUGGAGCAAAGCGGCACCUCGGAACAGAACUGACAUCUGUUUCCAUGACAGCUGUCUGGAUCAGCCUAACUAACUCCUGCCUUAGAACUAAUGUGACCGUUUGAUUUCGCAGUGAAAGGAAAGACAUUCUGUCAGCAGUACUCACUCAGUAUUGUUUGGUUUCCGCGAAUCGAGAGGUAGUCGAACAACAAGUUCGUUUUUAUCAUCUCAACAGGGUGAGCUAAUGCCUUUCAACCUUCUGUCGUCAUAGGACAUUAAUUGGAGGUGGGGAAAUAAGGGGCCGACAUGAAGGGAAUAGGAGGUGAACAAUGUUGAGAGAGACUCUUCAUAAGCAAGAGAAGAAAGGAAAAGUGAGAAGAAGAGAAUGUGCACAUGCAAAGAAACUUGGAAGCUAAAGUCAUUGAAAAGUAUGAGCAGAUGAAUCUCGCUACCCACUGUGCCACGGGAGGUUACUUCAUCAGCCUCAUUAGUAUCUCUCUGUCCCUCUCUUUACCGGCAUUCAGUCUCUCCCACCGUCUCUCUGUUUCUGUCUCCCGGCCUCUCAUGCUGUCUCUCUCUCUCCCACCGUCCCUCAGCAACCUACUCCUCUCCUCCUCCCCUUCUUACCUCCAUCCCCUCCUCCUCCCACACGUCUUCCUCUCGCCUCAUCCUCCUCCCCUCUCUGGUAAGUGUCGGGCACGACUGGCAGACAGGCAUCCAGGCCCUGUCUUGGCAUGGUGCCCCUGGAGUAGACCCUGUGAGGCUGGGUUACUGUAGGCAGUAGCCAGGCCCAGUGUGGUCACCUCAGAGCCUGACAGCUCACUCCCAGAGACAUGCACCGCUGGCAGAGGGGGGAGGGCAGCGCCAGCCUGCUGUCUGCAUGUGAGCCAUACCCAAGAGGGUGCUUGACAAGGUGAGAGGCUGGCACUGCGGUACUCUGCAGCUCCUCCUCUCAAGGCUGCCUCCAGACCCCCCCCUCCCUCCUCGGAACACACCUGCUCAGGAAGAGGAACACUCUCCUAACUCAUCCUGUAGCUUGUCGAAAAUUGCAGGUAUCAGAUGGGGUUUUGUGUCCAUCUGAGAAUAGCAGACAGGUGGUUUAGCCCAGUUUCUUACUCUCUGUAGAUUAGACGUAUCGAUCAAUUACAGCAAGUCUUCACUUUCUACCAUCUAAUUACACAAGAUCCAUAAAAAGUAACAGGGUUCAGUUGAUAAAAUGUCCCCCCCUAAACCAGCGUUUGUGGGUCCUCGUCGAGACAAUAUUUGGAGACUGAAUACUAUGGUCAUGAAUUUUGAAUUCUAUAAGCACGUUAGCUCUAUUGUCUAGCUGAGAGGCAGAGUUUUCUCCACUCGAGCUAGGAAAACUCCACACUGGUAAACUGUCAGUCUGUGUCUUAGUCCCGCUGUUCAACCCAUAGCUUGAUGAGGAGUCUGAGAACAAGGCAUUAGCUUGUGCCAGCAUAGAGACAUUUUUAAGUCUCUCUUCUCCACAGGCUGCUUGGGAUGAAAAGCUCCAGUUUGUGCCUGUGGAAAGAGAACGGCCUUGAAGUUGUACUGUCCCCUGCUGGCUUGUAUAAAAACAUCUACACAGACACGCCGCAGUAAAAAAUAACUAUUAUGAGAGUAUUACGACUGAGUUUUACCUGGACACAGUCUAGCAUAGCAAGGCAGCAAAGUUUGGUCUAGAAUUGUUCAAAAUUGUAGUAAUUACUUUCAUCACAGAUAGAGGACACAUUGUGAACAAGGGUUUCUUUGUAAUGUUCAGGUCUGAGGCAGUUGGACUGGCAAGGUUACUGAAACAUUAGAUCAUAGGGAUCAGUGCUUUGUGCAGAAUGUGUACAUUGACUUCAGGGUCCCAAUAACAUUUCUUUAUAUUAAAGGGACAGGGCAGUUAUGUGAUUUUCCUUUUUUGAUAUUUCGAUCUCCGUGUGGAAAUAACACUGACAUUGUGAAAAAUGAUGCCCUUUCUGUAUAAGAGCUGUUUGAAACAAAUGCCUGGAUAUUCAGUCACUUCAGGUGGUAUGAAACUUGUGUCCCACAUCAUGAUGUCACAAUGUGAUCUGUUUAUAAUAGACCAAUGUCUGUUCAUCUGGCUAAGGAUGGUCUAAAG